CAGGAAAUGACAGGAAUCCGCGGGACUCCGGAGGUCGCCAGGAACCGGAACGUUCCCAACGGCACCGGGGUCGUCAGGGUCGAGGUUCAGAGGUCGCCCAGCCCGACCCCGCAAAGGACUCCUUCUCGUGAGAACUCCUACAGGCAGCAGUCGCCACGACAACAGUCUCCACGGCGACAAUCUCCACAGCAGCAGUCUCCACGGCGACCGUCUCCACAGCAACAGUCUCCACAGCGACCGUCUCCACAGCAACAGCCCCCAGCAGUGGUGUCAGACCAGGCUGUGCCCAGGUCCAUGAGUUACCGUGGCGAUGAGAACGUGGGUGCUGAUUGGUCGGCUCCGCGCGGCUUUGCCAGCCAACCACAGGACGUCAUCGUGAUGUCGCCCUUGCCCAAGGAAUCAUGGCGGACGACAGACCUGGAUAGCGCCAACGCAGCGCCGAACGUGUCGCCACACGAGCGGCCGGUCAUGCCGAACGAAAGGCUGCCGCAGAGAGAACCGUCAUGGAGGACAACCAACCUGGACAACCCUGCACCGGUCAGGACAGCCUCGGACAACCCUGCCAGGCAACCCUCCGUCUCCAACCAGCCCCACCUGGUAAUGGUCUCCAGCCAGCCCCACCCGGUAACCAGUCCCACGGGUCAGGUGUACAAAAUGCCCACGCAGCACUUCGAGAGGAACGGGAAAACCGUGGACGUCACCGUCCAAAUAAGGACUUCUCCACUGCCCAGUGGCGACCGGCGCAGCCCCACGGGCAGCCCGCGGCGUGAGACUGCGCCCUUGGGAAGCCCGCGGCGUGAGACUGCGCCCUUGGGAAGCCCGCGGCGCGAGUACGAGUUCCGUUCCCCCGGCGGCGGGCCAUACAUCGUGCAGGGCGGCAGCCAACCGCAGCAGUCCCCACCCAGGGUCAAUGGCCUGGAGAGGCCAAAGGUCAACGGUCGCGACCCCAACCGCGACUCGGCGUACUCGCACAACUCUGACUACGACAACGUUGACGACCAGUACGAGGUGUUCAUGGAGAAGUCUCUGGAGAAUCUGGAGUCCGGGACUGCGUACGACUCCGACGUGCCCAACGAGCUCGCCUUCGCAAACCAACAUGGCCGCCAGUCGCCCAUCAAGCGCCCCGAACAUCUGCCUAUCCAGGAGCACCGGCCGGAGCCCCAGCAUGCACUGCAGCAGUCCCAGCAUGCACUGCAGCAGUCCCAGCAUGCACAGCAGCGCGGCUACGAUCACUUCGUGGAGCUUCCGCAGAGGAACAAGGACAUUCAAGGUCACGGGGACUUCACACCUCUGGCGCAGUCGGAACACAGACAACGGGGGUCACACUCAAGGUCAUCAGGGUCAAAGGUGAGGACCCCAUCUGGGUCAAACCCACGGUCACCCAUGGGGUCUAACCCACGUUCCCAUGCUGGAUCCCACGAUCACAGAUCCCACGGCGGCAGUCAGAGCGACCGCGGCAGCGCUCGUAGGAGGUCCAGCAAGAAGAAGCAUCCGCCAGUCUACCUGUAAACACUUGUUUAUCUGUGAACAUUUGUUUGUAAACAACUGUUUACCUGUAAACACUUGUUCGUAAACAACUGUUUACCGGGAACACUUCUUUGUAAACAACUGUUUACCGGUGAACACUUGUUUGUAAACAACUGUUUAUCUCUGAACACUUAUUUGUAAACAACUAUUUACCGAUGAACACUUGUUUGUAAACAACUGUUUACCGGGAACACUUGUUUGUAAACAACUGUUUACCUGUAAACACUUGUUUGUAAACUGUUUAACACUUGUUUGUUAACAACUGUUUACCUGUGAACACUUGUUUACAGCAUCAUUGUGCUUAUAAAUAACUAAGUUGCUGAAUGAUUAUGUAAGGAAAGUCGGAGCGUUUCUGUUGUACAUAUUUUACCUGGAUGUGACAGGAAUUAUGGGAUAGCUUGCACUUUGGGUGGGCAGGUGGCUUAUCGUUAACCCUUAGAGUGCUAAGGCAGCCGUUUGGCUCCAAAUUUGUGCUGAUUAUGGAGUUAGGCAGCAGGAAGAUGGUUAAGAAUCAUAAUCUCAUUAUUUUAGCUUUGUGGAAAGGAAGGAAAUUUUGAUAAAUUUGCUGUUUCCAUUUCUCGAAGGCCUCCACAUCUGAGGUCCUCAUUAGCACUAAUUACCUCAAAACCAGGAAAUUUGAUAUCAGCAU